GCCCCGCUUCCGCUCCACGCGGUGCAUGCCGGGACUUGUAGUCUCAGGCUUCUCCCGGCGCCUUCCUUCCCCGCUGCUCGUCUCCGCUGUGCCCUUGGCGUCGCCAUGCUCCCUCUCGGCCGCUUCCUCGCCCGCCGCGCCUGGGCCCUGGGCUCCCGGGCCCACGCCAGGCACUAUGCCGAGGCCGCCCCUGCCGGGCAGGCCCAGAUGGCCUUCACCUUCGCCUCGCCCUCCCAGGUAGUCGCCAUGGCAACCAAAGUGAGGGAGGGGGAGGAUUUUGGGGGGGACUUCUUUAAAGACUGGCCUUUAAAGGGUUAACUUGCAGUAGUGGGGGGAGCCUGUGGAACCUCCAGCUACGUGACAAGCUGCCAAGUUGCUAGUCCACAAGGUCGCUUCAUUGGAAGGGGGAAAGAGGUUUUAAAGGGUUAAUUGAAAGAGGUUUAAAGGGUUAAUUGAAAGAGGUUUAGAUUUUUCGAAUAAUAUUUAUUAUUUUCAGUAGAUAAACAUAAUAAAAAAGAGGAGAUUAACAAUAAUAAAGACAAACAAAAAAAGGAGAAAAAAGAUACAUACCGCAUAUUACCACUUAAUUAAUUUUAAUUUAAAGAGGGUUAAAGGGUUAAUUUAAGGAGGGGGGUAGUAUGUGGCUCGUCAGCCUGCUCCAAGUUGCUAGUCCACAAGGUCACUCAUGACUUCAAUUGUUUAUUCUAUAGGAUUUACAUUAUAAUAAUAAUAAUAUUUUUAGUUAUUCUUUCUUUGAAUAAUUACAUUUGCUUCUUUGCAAAAGAUCAGAAGGAGGGAGAUUUAAGAGGGUUACUUUGGGGAGGAGGUGCUUUUGAAUUCUGGUGCUGGAGGAGACUCUGGAGAGUCCCAUGGACUGCAAGAAGAUCCAACCUCUCCAUUCGGAAGGAAAUCAGCCCUGAGUGCUCACUGGAAGGACAGUUCCUGAAGCUGAGGCUCCAAGACUUUGGCCACCUCAUGAGAACAGAAGACUCGCUGGAAAAGACCCUGAUGUUGGGAAAGAUGGAGGGCACAAGGAGAAGGGGACGACAGAGGACAAGAUGGUGGGACAGUGUUCUCGAAGCUACCAGCAUGAGUUUGACCAAACUGCGGGAGGCAGUGGAAGACAGGAGUGCCUGGCGUGCUCUGGUCCAGGGGGUCACGAAGAGGCGGACACGACUAAACGACAAAAAAACAACUUUGGGGAGGAGUUGUUGACCUGCAGAACCUCCUGGUUAAUGUGGUUUAGCCUGGGCAAGGCACUAGUCCACAAGGUUGCUGGAUUGAUAGGGGGGAGAGAGAUUUAAAGGGUUAACUUGGAGGGCCAGUGGAACCUCUUGGUACAUAGCCUUGUCACUAGUCCGCGACGUUGCCUUUCUGAAAAAAGUGCAUGUGUAGUUCAAAGAUAUAAAAGCAUCAAAGAGAAGUUUGCCCAAGCUUGCUCAGCUUCCCGUUUAGAAUUCAGUUCAUCACUGAAAUAUAUCGCUUUCAAUGCUUUGAAACUGGAACCUUGGAAACGGAGCGUACCUGGUGGUUCUGUACUUCUGGAUUGUUUCGAUUGACUUCCUGUAUUUAUUUAUUUGUCCUUUUAUCACAUCUUCUGUGCUAAUUGUGUACUUAAAAGAACAUAACAACAUAGACGCAUCUUUGAAAUAAAUUGACAAAAUUAACUUGCCAGAAGGUAAAACCCAUAUAAAGUGUGGGUUUUGCAGCCAAAGAGUCUUUGCGGAGCCUUUUAAAAAUAGGGAUGGAGGGCUAAAUUUUGGGGAAGGUGUUGAGAAAGGGCAAGCUGAGGGGUGGGGGAAGGCUGUGGAACCUCCAGCAACAUGAUCCUGUACCGACCUGCCCAAGUUGACUGAAAGACAGAGCCGUAUAAAUACGCUGGAAGGCUGAAUGCAGAAAAGUACCGUAUUUUUCGCUCUAUUAUACACACCAGAGCACAAGACGCACCUAGUUUUUGGGGGAGGAAAACAAGAAAAAAAAUAUUCUGAAUCUCAGAAGCCAGAACAGCAAGAGGGAUCGCUGCGCAGCGAAAGCAGCAAUCCCUCUUGCUGUUCUGGCUUCUGGGAUAGCUGCGCAGCCUGCAUUCGCUCCAUAAGGUGCACACACAUUUCCCCUUACUUUUUAGGAGGGAAAAAGUGAGUCAUAGAGCAAAAAAUACAGUAGCUUCUUGAAACGACCAGCAAGCUCAGGUGAGUCUGUAAAGGACCUCUCUGCUUCUUCUCACACGCUCCCUGUCCCCUUUUUCAGGUUUACUACAAUGCGGCCAACGUGAAGCAAGUCGACGUCCCCACGCUGAGUGGAUCCUUCGGCAUCUUGGCCGCCCAUGUCCCCACCUUGCAAGUCCUGAAGCCUGGAGUUGUGACGGUCUUUGCUGAGGACGGCUCUUCCACAAAAUACUUCAGUAUGUUUGGAAACUGGGGCAGGGUUGCGGUUUCGGGUCCUUUGCAGCGAGACCCCCAGUGAACCAUGUUAGAAACUCAGAUACAGUGGUACCUUGGUUUAAGAAAAAGCUUACCGUAUUUUUCGCUCUAUAGGACGCACUUUUUCCCCUCCAAAAAUGAAGGGGGAAAGUGUGUGCGUCCUGUGGAGCGAAUGGAGGCUCCUUGGCCUCAGCGAUAGCAACGCAAAGCCUCCGAAGCGCAGAGGGAGAGCUCCCUCCGCGCUCCGGAGGCUUUGCGUUGCUUUCGCUGAAGCCUGGAGAGCGAGAGGGGUUGGUGCGCACCGACCCCUCUUGCUCUCCAGGCUUCAGGGAUAGCCGCCUGAAGCCUCCGGAGCACAGCGGGAGAGCAAGACUCUCCUGGCUUCAGCGAAAGGAGUCUGAAGCCUCCGGAGCGCAGCGGGAACUUGUGCUGCGCUGCGAAGGCUUCAGAGAUAGCCGCUGCGCUCCGGAGGCUUCGGGUUCCUUUCGCUGAAGCCGGGAGAGCAAGACUUCAGGUGGGUUCUGAAGGCAGCCCUGUUUAGGGAAGCUUUUAAUGUUUAAUAGAUUAUUGUAUUUUAAUACUCUGUUGAAAGCCGCCCAGAGUGGCUGGGAAAACCCAGCCAGAUGGGCGGGGUAUAAAUAAUAAAUUAUUAUUAUUAUGUGCACCAUCUUUCGAGUUCCUUGGAAGAAAUGGAAGGAAUAAAGAAUGGUUCAUGGCCCUGUUCUCAGCUAAUUCUUUUGUGUGUGUUUUCCCCCACCUUCCUUGAAAUUUUGCAGUUAGUAGCGGCUCUAUCACAGUGAACGCAGACUCUUCAGUCCAGCUGCUUGCUGAGGAAGUGGCGAUGUUGGAUCAGCUUGAUGCUGCGGUGAGUGGCGUGCCUGCCCUCUCUUUCCUCUCCCCCCAGAGACUUCCUUACAUACCCAGCUGGAGCCUGUCUUUAAAAUCCCUAAAAAUAUCAGAAGUCUGCUCCACGGUCAUGCAGAGAUUCUGCUAAUUUGAAAACACUUCACAUUUUUCUGUUCAGUGUGUGGUAUCAGCGAGGUCACAGACAGGAGCAUGACUUGCUCCCCAUCUGUACCCCAAUUUUGUGCUGGCCCAGGAGGUUUGCCAUUUUUAGAAGAGAUUUUAUCACUUUGACACCUUAGUUCGAAGUAUACCCUGCGGGCGUGAGCUUAAUCAGUAACGUAAACGGCGUUUCCGUGCGCUCUGGUUUCCGUCAUGCGCCAGAAGCGGUUUAGUCCUGCUGGCCGCAUGACGCGGAAAGCUGUCUGCUGACAAACACCGGCUCCCUCGGCCCGAAAGCGAGAUGAGCGCCGCAACCCCAUAGUCGCCUUUGACUGGACUUUUACCAGGGGUCUUUUACCUUUUCAUCUGUAACGUGAAAUAUUUUCCAAGUUUGUUUCGACGCCGCGGGAAUGACCGCAUGCAAGACUUAACAAUUGUGCGUGCAUUGCUUUUUUGAAUUUUUCGGUAGGGUUUGUAGUAAAAGAAUACUUUAUUAUAAAGGAACAGUCCAGUAGGAUAGGUGAAAUAAAAUAAAGGAAAAAACCAGGGUUCACAGCCAUUAUUUCAGAAAACUUAAUAAGUGCAUUCUCAAGACAGAGCACAUUGAAUUAGAUGUUGCCACAGAAAGAGACCCGGUGCAGAGAGAAUGCAAAACAAACAUUAUGGAUACAGGAUGAAUUGAUGUACUUGCCUCGGAAAUUGCCGUCCAUGUGAUUGGCCUGUCAUAUGCCUGCCAAACAGAGGCAAAGUCUAUUGAUAUCCUUUAUUGAAAAGUUACCGUACUUUUCCAUCUAUAAGACGCCCCCGUGUAUAAGACGCCCCCUAUUUUGUGGGACUCAAAUUUAAGAAAAUGGGGGGAGAUGCCAGAAUUGUUGAGCUUUUUUUGCGGAGGAUUACCCAGGGACACGGGUGGCGCUGUGGGUUAAACCACAGAGCCUAGGACUUGCCGAACAGAAGGUCGGCGGUUCGAAUCCCCGCAAUGACGGGGUGAGCUCCCGUUGCUCGGUCCCUGCUCCUGCCCACCUAGCAGUUCGAAAGCAUGUCAAAGUGCAAGUAGAUAAAUAGGUGGGAAGGUAAACAGCAUUUCCGUGUGCUGCUCUGGUUCGCCAGAAGCGGCUUAGUCCUGCUGGCCACAUGACCCGGAAGCUGUACGCCGGCUCCCUUGGCCAAUAAAGCGAGAUGAGCACCGCAACCCCAGCGUCGGUCACGACUGGACCUAAUUGUCAGGGGUACCUUUACCUUACUCAGGUUGGUUGAGCAACCCCCACUUUUUAGCAUGAUUUUGAAAAAAACAUAGCCUUAUACACGGAAAAGUACGUUAGUUUCUCUGAAAUGAGAACAAACAUUCCCGUAUGGAACCGAAUCAUUUAAAGAAAAACUCAGAGACUCUUUCAAGCCCUGUGACAUGUUCAGACGAUAGCGUUUUGUCUCCAUCACCCCCGCCCGAAAUGCCCUCCUCGGCAACUGUCACGUUGCACCUUUCCCCUCUUCUGGAUCUGAUCCCGAUAACUUUUGUUCCCCCCUGCCGUUCGCAGACAGCCAAGUCGAACCUGGAGAAGGCUCUGUCGCAGCUGGCGUCUGCCUCCGACGAAGCGGCAAAGGCGGAAGCGCAGAUCAGCGUGGAAGCCAACGAGGCGAUCGUGAAAGCUUUGGAAUGAGGAGGGUAAGCCCAAAUCCACGCUCUAACCAUUACGCCACACUUUCCCAGGACCCCAGUUCCUGGCACUGAGGGUGGUUCGAAGCGGUGAGAGAGAUUUGUUGCUUCAGACAGAUUCCUGCCACUAGGUGGCACAGAAGGGCUGGCAGACAAACAAAGGCAAAAUAUAUCUGGUGAGCUUUCAGGCUCCCCUUCCUAAACCAGGGUGCAUUAAUUGGCUAUUCUGUGACUUUGCUUCCGUUCCAUCCUGAAAAAGGAAAUGAUCAGUCAAGGGCCCCAGUGGGAGAAAGGCCACUCUAUCCCCAACUCUCUGUGUCAAGGAGGACCGAAAGAGUUCUGCUUUUUUCCCCAAAUUUUUUUUUAUUAGUUUUCACAAUAUUAUAAACAAGCAGACAAACAGCGGAGGGGAGCCCAAGGGGCUGAAAGGUCGGUGAGUUAGGGACUUCCCCUGCGUAUGAAGGCAGGAUCUUGCUGUGUUGAGCAGAUGGGACCAAGAGUGAGUCCAUUCCUGCAUUGCUGGGGGGUUGGACUGGAUGAGCUUUGGAGUUCCCUUCCAACUCUUUGAUCCUAUCGUUUUCUCUGUUUCUCUGUUGCAGGAAUACCCCGCUGCUUUCUGGAAACGGCCCUGUCUCUCUUUUCCCUCUGGACCUCCUUCUCUUUGUCCAUGCAGAUGGUUUGGGUAAACCCAGUCAAUUUAGCUUUUGACCAAUUAAAAAAACGGGUGGAAAAUCUGCGAAAGGCCCCUCUGCACCUUC